GGCCGGACUCCGGGCCCGGCGUGUGGGCGGAGCCACCUCCGCCCGCGCCGCGCAGUGAGCGUCCCGGCCCGGCCUCGCUCGCUCGCACGCAGCGCUGCGCGAUGGCUCCCGCCGCCGACAGGGCCGGCUACUGGGGCGCGCCCACCUCCACCCUGGAGUGGUGCGAGGAGAACUACGCCGUGUCCUACUACAUCGCCGAGUUCUGGAACACAGUGAGUAACCUGAUUUUCAUUCUACCUCCAAUCUAUGGUGCGAUUCAGACCUAUAAAGAUGGCCUUGAAAAACGAUAUUUAGCUGCAUAUUUUUGUCUCACAGCUGUUGGAUUGGGAUCCUGGUGCUUCCACAUGACCCUGAAGUAUGAAAUGCAGCUGUUGGAUGAGCUGCCAAUGAUAUACAGUUGUUGUGUGUUUGUCUACUGCCUGUACGAAUGUUUCAAGCACAAGAACAGUGUCAAUUAUCCUCUGCUUUUUGUAUUAAUAACUUUCAGCAUCAUAGUCAGCAUAAUUUACCUAAAUUUGAAAGAGCCGGUAUUUCAUCAGAUUGUGUAUGGAGCACUGGUUUCUGUUAUAGUACUUCGCUCUGUAUAUAUUGUAUUGUGGGUAUACCCAUGGCUUAGGGGUCUGGGCUAUACAUCCUUAAGUGUAUUUUUAAUGGGAUUUUUUUUUUGGAAUGUAGACAACAUUUUCUGUGACAAAUUGAGGGGAGUACGAGAGAAGAUGCCUCCUGUUGUGGGAGCCGUGACACAGUUUCAUGCUUGGUGGCACAUUUUUACGGGCCUUGGCUCUUACCGUCAUAUCCUACUAAGCUUAUACACAAGGACACUUUUCCUGAAGUACAGGCCAAAGGUGAAGUUUGUUUUUGGAAUAUGGCCUAUUCUCCUGGUGGAACCCCCCAAGAAGCACUGAUUGUGAGAGAUCCAACCAACCAAGUGUGACCACUGGCUGAAUAAAGAAAUUCCACCGCUGUUGACACUGAUGUGGCAAAAUUAUGCAUCAGCUCAAGGGCUGUGUAGCAGGAAAUAGACUUCUCUGUAUUACUGGUAUUGCCAGACACAACACAGAGUGAAGAGUUGGCGCAUUAUGGGAAUAAUGUUUAGAACAGUUUUAUUGUUAAGGUGUUAAAACAAAAUUAAGACACAAUAUUUUUUUGUGUAUAUGUUGUAUAGCUGAAGAUACUGGGCUAAUAUUUUGUGCUGGUCACAGAAACCUUACCAUUUUUGGAAAUGGGUUGCAUUUGUUUUCGUUCAGUUGUCCGUCUGGUCUGUGGUUAAACUAAUAUUAGUAACUGAAUUAUGAAGAUGGUAGGCCAAGUGAUGGCCAGUCUAAGCAUCCAGGGGGCCUGACAUGAAUUGAAUCCUUCUGAACUAAUUCAAGCUUGCACCUUUAUACAGUUUAGUGAGGUAUGUAAUUAGUUAGGGCUCUCUUUUACCAUGCUUAUAUGUUGCUGUUUGCAGUAAGUCGAGGGAGUGGGACGCGUAGAGAGAUUGUAUUAAAUUAGGUCAGGCUUCCAUUUUCUUUUGAGGAUGCAGGACCCCUCGGGAGUGUUUUCCAGCAGUGCCUGGGGAUAGGGCGCACCAAUGAAAUGGCUCAAGGACCCUUUAAAAAGGGGUUUAGACUCACUUAGACAUUCUUGCUAUGUGAGGAAACUUAACAACUGUCCCAAGUCCUUCUAACUUGUGUGAGAAUCCAGGAGGCCAUUUCUGGUCAUUCUGAAUAUCCCUAGCAAGUACUGAACACCCUUUCCUAACCCUGCUUUCAUUUGCAAAUCAUUCGUGCUCACAGAUUCACAGCCACUUCAUUUAAAUGCUUGUUUAUAUCCCUGUUGGUCUAGCUUUAAAUUUUCUCCCCUCCCCCGCCAUAUAUUUUACAAUCUUACAAAUAUUCACCGGAUUUUCAGAGGUGCUAAGUAUCCUUCACUCCCACUGACUUCAGUUGGAGUGAAGGGUGCUCAGUACUUACAAAAACCAGGCCUUUUUUGAUCUCCUCAGCAGAAUUGACAGAGCUCUGAGGCUAAGUCUACACUAGAGACCUUACAGCGGUACUGCUGUACCAAUGCAGCUGCACCACUCUAAGGGCUCCCGUGCAGCCGCUCUAUGGCAACGGGAGAGAGCUCGCCCGUCAUCAUAAUUAAACCACCCCCAACGAGCGGCAGUCGCUGUGGUCAUAGGUGCUGACUUCAUGGGUGUCCAGGGCUAGAGCACCCAUGGGAAAAACGGGCAGCCAGCUCUCCCCACCCCUUGCC